GUCUCCCCCCAUGGGGCCGCGCCGGCUGUACUCCCUGUUCCCUCGUCUCAGUACGCGGAUUUACUGGCUGCCUCGGCUAUUAUCCAUCCGACCCAGCCAUUCCGAUCCUGACCUGGAGCCGGCUCCGGAAAGCCUCGAGAAGGGGAGGGCCGAACUCGGCCGGAGCUGAGCAUCGUCUGGGUGGGCUGCGGGACCGCGGCCUUUCCGCAGGCAGCACCACCUGUCGCCUGGCUAGACGUCGGGUGAGAGAAACGAUGUUGUCCAGGUUUAAAAUAGUUGCCACUCCUUGUACUCUGGCAUGUCGUCAUUUGCACAUAAAAGAGAAAGGCAAGCCACUUAUGUUGAACCCAAGAACAAACAAGGGGAUGGCAUUUACAUUACAGGAACGACAAAUGCUUGGUCUUCAAGGACUUCUACCUCCCAAAAUAGAGACACAAGAUAUUCAAGCCUUACGAUUCCACAGAAAUGUGAAAAAGUUGAAUGGCCCUUUGGAAAAAUACAUCUAUAUAAUGGGAAUACAAGAAAGAAAUGAGAAGUUGUUUUACAGAAUACUGCAAGAUGAUAUCGAAAGUCUAAUGCCAAUUGUAUAUACACCAACAGUUGGUCUUGCCUGCUCCCAGUAUGGACACAUCUUUAGAAGACCUAGGGGAUUAUUUAUUUCAAUCUCAGACAGAGGUCAUGUUAGAUCAAUUGUGGAUAACUGGCCAGAAAAUCAUGUUAAGGCUGUUGUGGUGACUGAUGGAGAGAGAAUUCUGGGUCUUGGAGAUCUGGGUGUCUAUGGAAUGGGAAUCCCAGUAGGAAAACUUUGUUUGUAUACAGCUUGUGCUGGAAUACGGCCUGAUAGAUGCCUGCCUGUGUGUAUUGAUGUAGGAACUGAUAAUCCAGCACUCUUAAAAGAUCCAUUUUACAUGGGUUUAUAUCAGAAAAGAGAUCGAUCACAACGUUACGAUGAUCUGAUUGAUGAGUUUAUGAAGGCCAUUACUGACAGAUAUGGACAGAACACACUUAUUCAGUUUGAAGACUUUGGAAAUCAUAAUGCAUUCAGGUUCUUGAGAAAAUAUCGAGAAAAAUACUGUACCUUCAAUGAUGAUAUUCAAGGGACGGCUGCAGUUGCUCUAGCCGGUCUGCUUGCAGCCCAAAAAGUCAUUGGUAAACCGAUCUCAGAACACAGAAUCUUAUUUCUUGGAGCAGGAGAGGCUGCUCUUGGAAUUGCAAAUCUUAUAGUUAUGGCUAUGGUGGAAAAUGGCCUCUCAGAAGAAGAGGCGCAAAAGAAAAUCUGGAUGGUUGACAAAUUUGGUUUAUUAUUUAAGGGGCGGAAAGCUACAAUAGACAGUCAUCAGGAACCAUUUGCUCACUUAGCCCCAGAGAGCGUACCUGAUACUUUUGAAGAUGCAGUAAAUAUACUUAAGCCUUCAGCUAUAAUUGGAGUUGCAGGAGCUGGCCGACUUUUCACUCCUGGUGUAAUCAAAGCCAUGGCUGAUAUCAAUGAGAGGCCUGUAAUAUUUGCAUUAAGUAAUCCUACAGCACAAGCUGAGUGCACAGCUGAAGAAGCAUAUACACUUACAGAGGGAAGGUGUUUGUUUGCCAGUGGCAGUCCAUUUGAGCCAGUGAAACUCAGUGAUGGGCAAGUCUUUAUACCAGGUCAAGGAAACAAUGUAUAUAUUUUUCCAGGUGUGGCUUUAGCUGUUAUUCUCUGUAACACCCGGCAUAUUAGUGACCAUGUUUUCCUAGAGGCUGCAAAGGCUCUGACAAAUCAAUUGACGGAUAAAGAGCUAGCUCAGGGGAGACUUUACCCGCCACUUGCUAAUAUUCAGGAAGUUUCUAUUAACAUUGCUAUUAAAGUUACAGAAUAUCUAUAUGCUAAUAAAAUGGCUUUCCGAUACCCGGAACCUGAGGACAAGACCAGAUACAUUCGAGAAAGAAUAUGGCGAAGUGAAUACGAUUCCCUGCUGCCGGAUGUGUACGAUUGGCCAGAGCCUGCGUCACGCCCUCCACCAACAACGGAAUAGAAGCACACCACUGAUAAACACUUUCCAUGCUUCAGGGACUCCUUUCUUCAGACAAAAAGAGAGGACGUUCUCAAAUUUAUGGGUUUUUUCUGUGUUUUAUUCUCCCCUACCACUUUGCUUAUUUUUUCCCAUGAAUCUCCACUUCUGUCUGUACAGGAUGGACCUGUUGACUACAUUGUUAAUGCCCACCUGCACCCUGAAAUCAGAUAACCAUUAUGCUUUCAUUCUGAUUUGUAGCUCAUACCACAUCAGAGAUAUUAAAAAGAUACUUGCGAGUGUCUUCAUUUGUGCUCCUGUUCACUCUUGCCAAAGUAUUUGCUAUUUACUAUUAUAGCUAAUCAUCUUCUCUCACCCAGUUCUUCUAGGGCUACUAAAAUAGAAAUUUACUUCUGUGGAUAUGAGUACAGAAUUUUGGGAAGAAGCCAAAUUUAACCAAAUUCUAAGGACAAAUUGUCAGUAUCUAAAAAUGUCCUUUUAUUUCUGCUUCAUUUUACCUUCAUGCUCUGAAAUUCCUUUUCAGUAGAUAGAUCAGGAAAAAUCUACUCUAUUAUGUAUUUUCUGGGACUAAACUGAGGCUUAACUAUAACGUGGGAGAAAUGUGAAGUACUGCCGCCUUUAGACAAAUAAACUAGUCAUUGUUUUCAACAGUGUAUAAAAAAAUCUCAGUGUAACUUUUUAAAAUAAAUAUCUUAAAUUGCUUCAA